AUGGAGACUGAGAUCCUUGCUCCCGCUAAUAUUUACUAUCGGAAUGGUUAUAACGGUCUCACCAUUGAGAAUGCAAUCAGAAUCAGAAGCUUCGCUACUGGAAGGCUAACGGAAAAGUCCAGAGAAGAAAGAGCUCAAGCUCAACGGAAAAGAAGAGGGUCUCAUGACGAGAAAACAAACAGACCGAGAAAAUUUUUGAUCGAUGUCGAAGAAACGAAGCGUCGAAUUCUUGAGCAAGAGGACACUGACGGUGACUCUCAGAUCACAAUCCAUGAUCGGGGUCCCAAGACACUCACACUGGGCACUGCAGAUUCUGGAGGCUAUCACAAGUUUGAAAUCAGAGGUACUUACAUGCUAUCCAAUCUGCUUCAGGAACUGGAGUUGGCACGAGAUCACGGACGUAAACACAUCGUUCUCCACGAAGCUCGGUUAAAUGACAACCCAGUAGAUAGACUUUCGAGAAUGAUCAAAUACCAUUUCUGGGAUGGACUAACUAGGCGAAUAGAUGGGGAGGGGCUGGAGGUGAUAUGUAUUGAUCCUAAAAACAGGACAGCUGACCAUAGCCCAAGGAUUUAUAUACCUUUCGGCGAAGAUGAAGUUUUUGAGUACUACAAAAACGUCGCCGAAACAAAAAGACAUUUAAACCUGGACGUCCAGAUGUUACCGAUGGAGAUAACUCCAGAAUAUGUGAAAAGCAUCAACGACAAACCUGGUAUCCUUUCUCUUGCGAUGCGUAAGAUUACGGAUGAUAAGGGAAAUACUACAUUCGAAGGCGCUCCCUUCGUUGUGCAUGGGGGGAGAUUCAAUGAAAUGUAUGGAUGGGAUUCAUAUUUUGAAACCCUUGGUCUAGCUGUGGACGGAAAGAUUGAAAUAGCAAAGUCGAUGGUAGACAAUUUCGUCUACGAAAUUAACCAUUAUGGCAAGAUACUUAACGCCAACAGGAGUUACUUUCUCACUCGAUCUCAGCCUCCGUUUUUAACCGAUAUGGCUUUGAAAGUGUACGAGCGUCUUCCUGAGGAAGAAGAGAAGAAGUUGUGGUUAGCUGGUGUUUUUCGCGCUGCCAUUAAAGAAUAUCAAACUGUCUGGAUGGUUUCUCCGCGUUAUGACAGUCAUACUGGUUUGAGCAGAUAUCAUCCAACCGGUAUUGGUAUUCCCCCAGAGACGGAAGCUAGCCAUUUCGAUCACGUCAUCUUGCCGUAUGCAACAAAAUGUGGGUUGACUAUCGAAGAAUAUUCACUUCGAUAUCAGAGCGGUGAAAUUAGCGAACCGCAACUUGACGACUAUUUUCUCCAUGACCGCGCAGUCAGGGAAUCCGGCCACGAUACCACUUAUCGGUUCGAAAAACGGUGCGCCAAUCUGCUCACAAUAGACCUAAAUGCGUUGCUGUACAAGUACGAGAUGGACAUUGGCACAACGAUAAGGGAUGUUUUUGGUGAUGAGUUUGAGUUGCAAGACGGGACUGCGAUGACUAGCGCUCUGUGGUUCUCAUAUGCUUCCAAGAGGAAGCAAGCCAUAGACAAGUAUCUGUGGAAUGAGGAAAAGGGCUUGUAUUAUGAUUACGACAUUGCCCGAAAGGAGCAAUCGGUAUAUGAAUCAGUCACAGCGUUCUGGGCUUUGUGGGCCAAUUGCGCGAGUGAAGACCAGGCCGAGAAACUAGUUAAAACUUCUCUUCAAAAGUUUGAAGUUCUUGGAGGGAUGGUCAGUGGCACCGAAGAAUCACGCGGCACAAUCUCGCUUGAUCGCCCCAAUCGUCAGUGGGACUAUCCAUUUGGCUGGGCACCUCAUCAAAUAAUGAUAUGGCGUGGUUUGGAGAACUACGGCUACGACAAUGAUGCUCGAAGGCUAGCCUACCGAUGGCUGUACACUAUUACAAAGUCCUUUGUUGACUUCAAUGGCAUCGUGCCAGAAAAGUACGACGUUGUCUCACUCGGUCACUUGCUGAAAGUCGAAUAUGGUAAUGUGGGAACUGACUUCAAGUUCGUUCCGCGAGAAGGUUUUGGAUGGAUGAACGCGUCCUACCAAGUCGGCCUGACGUAUUUGAACAAUCACAUGCGCAGAGCACUUGGUGCUUGCACUAGUCCCGAGGUAUUCUUCAAACGACGAGAGAAGAAAGAUCAAUCGCUUCACACUUAA